AUGGCGGCGUGGGGGCGGGGCUCUGGUUGCUAUGGCGAUGGGCGACGCGGCGGCUGGAGGCCGGGCCGCGCCAUGAGGGGCUCCGAGGCGGGGGCGCCCGAGCGGGGCGACGACACGGAGCAGCCCCAGCAGCCGGAGCCCGGGGCGUUGCAGCGCGGGGAGACGGGCGGCGGCCCGCAGGAGUCCCGCAGACAGUGGAAGAAAUUCCUAUACUGUGAACCACAUCGGAGAAUUAAAGAAGUGCUGGAAGAAGAACUUUUCAUUAAGAGAGAUGAAUGCCACAUUAAAAGUCCACCUGCAGCUGCAGCAGCCUUGGAUGGGGUCUGGAGCAUCCAGAGGAACCUGCCAGUGGGUGGCACAAAGCCUGGACAGAACCGGGGCAGCUCCCUGCCACAGGCCAAGUACUACUCGAGGCACAGCGGCCUUCGGGCUGCACCAGGACCCAGGAACUGCCCAGGGAAGCAGCUCCUGCCAGCCCGCCGGGCCCCUCCAAGGCCGGGGAAGGAGAUGCGCCUCAUUACUGAGGAAAAAGAGGCAGAUGAGGCGUCUACUGGAGACAGACACAAGGAAAAGAUCCAUCCAUUUUCCACUGAGACAAAACCUCUUUCCCUGAUGUCUGACAAACAGAGAAGAAACUCAGAUUUGCUUCACAACUUAAGAGGCGUAAAAAAUGUAUAUUAGUCUCUUAGCCUCGUUCAUGGCAUGAAUUACUAUUUGCAAAUUAACCCAAAGUAAUGAAAGACUUUUGGUAAGUUUGCUAAAGGCCUGAAAGUUAUGAAGGAAAAUAUUGUACAUAGUAUCUUAGUUAGGAUUUAAUGAUGGUCUUGUGUCUCUGAGAUGGAAUAAAACAAGGCGUGCUUAUUGGGUUUACUUCAGGGCAAACAUUAUAAAUGCGUCAGAGCUAAUAGGAUUGCAUCCAUUAAAAACAAAAAGAGGAGCAAAUCAGAGUAGGUAAAAUUUCAUACAUGAAUGUUUUACAUAAAGACGGGACUUAGCAAAAGCAUUGUAAUGCUGACUUGAAUCAAGGUCACCACUUCCCUAGAAUUUGGAACUAGAGCAUUUAUGGAGAGGACAUUUUGAUACUGAUUUUUUAAAAAAGCAUUUAAAAAUGAUUUUAUUAAUAAUUCUGGGAUAAAGAAGAAGGAAGCAAAACAUUUCCUUUUCUCUUGCUGUCAAAAGUAAUUUAUGUACCGUAGAGAAAAAUGAGGAAAAAGAAGGAUGCUGGUUGGAGGGAUUGAGUCCCUCAGUCCAGCUGCCAUGUUAUUGCCAAAUGAAGGUUUUUCUCAACCCACCCCCCCCAAAAAAAAAUUGGGAAAUAAUGAAGAAAAAAAUUUCACCUAUCAUUCAAUUUGCAGAAACAACUACUGAUAAUAUGUUGCUGUUUUUAAUCCAUUUCUUCUUUGCAUUUACCUGACAUGUUUAAAACCAUACCCUAUAUUACAUACCUUUCUUUUAUCAUAACACCAAAUACUCUUUUCCAUAAAGUAAAACUUGUAAUACUUAUAUUAAAAUAUUCAUGUUUGUUCUAAAACUUUAUGUGUUUUUUCUGUUUUUAGCUCCUUGAAUUGUCCAGGCAUUCAUUUCAUAGCUGCCUUGUUUUUUUUUCUUACUCCUCUUCUCCCAGAAAGUUCUUUUCCCUAGUACUCUGAUUAUGCACCCCCUUCAGUCUUUCUCCCUAACCUCACCUUAAAACACCAGUGAGUUCCCGCAUUCAUGUCUCAGUUUCCAUGCAAUAAAUCAAUUCAACAAAGACUUAUUGACCGGUUGUUUCUGUUUCAUGGUGAAAAAUAUUUACCCUCUGAAGCAGUAGACAAGCACCAGUCUGGAAGCGAACUUUCUGGGUCACAGAGAAACGUUCCCGCUUAGUGACCAUGUGGAAGAGAAAUGCCAGAGUGAGUCAGCUCUGGAGUCUCUCUGGCUCCUUUCCAAGGAACUGCCUGACAGAGACUUCCCCAGAAGGAUCACACCGCAAGUCCGUCAAGAACAGUGAGAGUAAAAUGAUCUGGAACUGGAGCGAGGCCACCUGUGUGUUCCAGAACCCACACUUCCACAGACUCCCACUGUUCACAGACGGGAAGGACUGAAUCAGCCCC